AGUGGACACCUCAGGGAUUUACUUAAGUGGAAUCCAACAGAGAACUUUGUAUUCACUCGUGUUGUGAUUAAUUUGAUUUUAGCGUUCUGAAUUUGGGUUUUUUUGUUAUAUCGCCUUUAUAUAUUUUAGUACAUUUGGAUUUUUUUUUUCACCCACUUCAGUCCAAAGCGUACAACAUGGCGCACGCGUGCAGGCAGGUGAGCGGAAGUGUGUCGAGCUGCGCGGGCUGGGUGGGCCUCAUCGUCGCCACGGCCACCAACGACUGGGUCAGAACCUGCGACUACACCAUGGCCACCUGUGUCCGCAUGGACGAGCUGGGCUCCCGCGGCCUGUGGGCUGAGUGUGUCAUCUCUCCCGCUCUUUACCACUGCGCCGCCCUCAGCCAGAUCCUUAAUCUGCCUGCUUACAUCCAGACAUCCCGUGCUUUGAUGGUGUGUGCGUGUCUCCUGGGCCUUCCCGCCAUGCUGCUGGUCCUCAUGUCCACUUCCUGUGUGCGCCUGCUGCAUGACUCCUCCACUGUUAAGCAAUGGCGGGCCCGGGUGGGCGGCAGCCUCGUGCUGCUUAUGGGUGUCUGUGGCCUGGUGUCCACCGUCUGGUUCCCUAUCGGCGCUCACCAUAACGAGGCUCUGAUGUCGUUCGGCUUCUCACUCUACACCGGCUGGGUGGGCGUGGCGCUCUGCUUCCUGGGUGGCUCGAUGGUCUUAUGUUGCCAUGCCCCCACCGACCCCAGGGCCUUCAGCAGGGAGAGCAGCUUCUUCUACUCCAGACAGCGAGGGGCCGCCGUCGUUCUGGACCGUCCGGCCAACCACGCCAAGACCGAACAUGUAUGAGGGCGCGUGGCCGAGAUGUCUAUGCUAAUUAGCUCAAGAAGUAAAUGUCACAAUUUAGCAACAUGGCUCCACAAUUAAUGCAUGAAAAAGGAUAUUGCAUCUAUUGGAUUGUUUUUACCUGUAAUACUCUGCAAAAAAUAAACAUU